AUGGGCUUGUUCUCUGUGUCGGUUGCGACCCAAAGGUUCCAGCUGUGCGCGCUGAAAAGCAGGCGCGUGUGCGAUAGGCGUGUGCGCCGACAGCGAACCAUGGUGAUGGCGGUGAAUCUUCACAAACACCAGAAGAACCUCGUGUACCGGCUCUCGCAGCAGUACCUGGCGGCCGCGCGGGACCUGGCGGCGGAUGUGAGGAGCGAGAAGCAGCUGCAACAGUAUUACACGCUGGUGCGUCAGUGCGUGCACGGGCUGCGGUACGUGAAAGAUGGAUUCCAGCUGACGGUGGAGGAGGACAUACAGGUGACACUGCAGUUGGCGCGGGUGCUUCUGGAGGAGACGCACGAGGUGGAGCUCGCUGAGCAGUACCUAGGAAGCCUGCGGACGCGGCUUCGAACGACGCCGCUGACGGACGCGCGCCACGCAGUGGAAUUCCAACUACUGUACGAUGUGCCGCUGGCGAAGGAGGAUCGCGCAGAGCUGCGGCAGGUUGUGCGGCAUACGACGGGGCUUCUGGAAGAGCUAGCGGAUAGUGACGCGUGGGCGUGGCUUUUCCGGUACUGCAGGAUCAUUGGGCUGGAGGCAGGCGGGGCACGCAGCAACAGCGCAGUCCUGCAGGAAUACCUGAAGCUGCUGCAGCUGGUUAGCGCGGGGCCUGUGGGGCUGCAUGCGUUUGUACUCUGUUCGUGUGUGGCGUUCAUAUUGGAUCGCGUGGUGGAGCUGGAUCGGUCGCUGUUGACGCAGUUGCGCGCCCUCCGGAAGGCGGGGACUGCGAUACCCUUGCAGCUGCAAAUGUGGAGCUUGCUCCUGGAUUUGCUGGUGGCCAUUCAGCUGGACGAGAACAUCAUGGACCUGCUGACGGAUUUCAAGGACUUCUUCUCGACUCACAAAGACGCGCUGAAGGAUGGCGACGACACGGUCGUGCUCUCGAUAAAGGAGGGGGUCAAUGUGCGACUGUUUGUGCCGUUAUUUAAUUACCAUGACUGCAAGAACAUUCUUCUGCUUUUCCAGAGCGUGAGUUACCUCACCACCUGCUACUCGAAGUCCUCUAACUUUUCUACCAAGUUCCUUCCAAAAGUACUCAAGACCUCGCAAGAGCUGAAAGAAACAUUGCAGAAGAGAACUUCGUUGGUUCAUGUGCAGUCAAUUCGGAAUAUAUACGACAAGGUUGUUGAUCUUUGCCGCUUCUACCAGACAUGGGAGUCAUUAAUAUUAUCAGAACGCGUGGAGGGGGGCAUUCCUAGAUUACAGUACUCGGAGUAUAACAUUCUCCUCGAAGCGAUCAGCUCGCAACAGGCACAGCAGGCUGAUCUAUCACAUGUCGGGAGAUUAUACAGUACCUUGACCAAGUCCAAAGAUCCAGAACUGAGACUCAUUGGAAUUGCGCAUUUGUACACACUAAUCGUUGCAGAGCUCAGUUCAUGUAGCGAGGGCCCGGAGGGCAUCUCAGAACUCACUCAGAAGACGACUGAUGCCUGGGAACAACUGCAGCAUGCUUACCUCAGCUCGUCAUUAGUUCAAAAUAACGUUUGGAAGUGUAGUGUAGCCAUUCUAUGGGCCAUCUCGAGGUUCGAACCGUUCAGCGGCCAUCCAAUCCAUAGCAGCUCCAAUGACCAGCAAACGUUAUACAUGCAACAAUUGAACGAAUUCUUUACAGAUAAUGCCCUUGUGGGAACGCCGGAAGCCGUUCCCGCAAAGGACUUUAAACUCAAGAAGAGCUUAUUGUUGCAUUUCUUGUUAAAUUACCUUGGGGGCACGAUGCUUGUAUCUGAUGUACAGAAACGGUGCGAUAUAUCAUCAUCCUGCUUUCAGAUGGGGAAACAACAGUAUAUGCCUGGAAUGCGCUACGUAGCUGGUAUCUGGCACCUGAUGAACAGCACUGUCGCUAUGAAGACUAAGGAAGUAGCGAUAACCAGGGCUAAGUUGGAAGGGCUAGUGGACAAGAUGCUUAACAGCUAG